CCGCUCGGCCCCGCUUCCGGGGGGCGGCACCGCCGGCUAGCAGGGGCGGAGCAAGAUGGCGGCGGUAGCGGCGCUACCCGUCUCCCUCUCGGGCAGGUUUAAGGGAUCCUUUGCAUAUUUUACAAUUAAAGACAGACUGCCCCAGAUCCUCACAAGAGUUAUUGAUACUCUGCAUCGACAUAAAAAUGAAUUUUUUGAAGAACAUGGUGAGAAAGGUGUUGAAGCAGAGAAGAGAGCUAUAUCUUUUCUCUCCAAACUGCGGAAUGAACUGCAAACAGACAAACCAGUGACCCCUUUAGAAGAUGAGCUGCCUGAUGCCGCACUGUGGAACCAAUACCUAGACUACCAACGAAAUUUAUCAAAUGGAAGUGGAGAACCAAGUUGGUUUCAGUCCCCAUGGUUAUUUGUGGAGUGUUAUAUGUACCGAAGAAUUCAUGCAGCAUUAGCACAGAACCCACCUAUUGACAACUUUGACGUAUUCAAGGAAGGAAAAGCUCAAAAUUUCUUUGAAUCCCAAGAGGCUGUUAUUACCUUAUGCACUCACUUUCAGGAACUUCUUAAAAACAUCAAGGAUCUAGAUGAAAAGCAACUUCAGGAGGAAUUUUUUAAGCUAUUGCAGGUGUCAUUGUGGGGGAAUAAGUGUGACCUUUCUUUUUCAGCUGGUGAAGACAGCUCUCAGAAAUCUGGUCCUUUACAAUCCCUGGAAAACAUGAUACCUUACAUCUUAGUGAAUGAUAUGGAAAAACUUUGGUCAAUACUUGUAAAUGCCAAAAAAAGAAAUACAGAAAAAAGUAAUGUUAGAGUUGACAUAAUCCUGGAUAAUGCCGGAUUUGAACUUCUAAGUGAUCUUGUGUUGGCUGACUUCCUGUUAUCAUCAAAGCUAGCUGAUGAAGUCCAUUUUCAUGGAAAAAGUAUUCCAUGGUAUGUGUCAGAUACCACAAAGCAUGAUUUUAACUGGACUAUUAAACAACUGCAGUCAGCUAAUCAUAUGUGGAUGUCUAGAUGUGGGAUAAACUGGGAGGGCAAUUUGAAAAAGGGAGUUUGGGUUUACCAUGAUCACAUGUUUUGGACUUUGCCACAUGACUUUUCCAGUAUGGCUGAAGUUGCUCCUGACUUGUACGCUGAUCUGCAGAAGUCAAACUUGCUUCUUUUCAAAGGUGAUCUAAACUAUAGAAAAUUAACAGGAGAUAGAAAAUGGGAAUAUAGUGUUCCAUUUCAUCAAGCCUUGAACAAGUUUCAUCCUGCGCCUCUCUGUAGUUUGAGAACACUGAAAUCUGACACUCAGGUUGGCCUAAAACCUGGACAAGGUGAACAAAUUCAGGCUUCUGAACCUGAGUGGAUGGUAAGUGGAAAAUAUGGGAUAGUUCAGUUUGAUGCUGCUCUCUAGUUAAACGGUUCCUAAUAUUCUGAAAGAGAGAUUCAGUCUGAGUUUUAACUACUUUCUCUGUUCCGUGGUUGGGCUUCGGCAAAGAUUCUAUCUUGUUUGCACUUUUUCCUCCCAAGUGAUUUGUUGUUUCUGUUCCACAAAUUACUUUAAUGUUGUGCAGAAGUUUACAAACCGUCUUUGUAAAGACAAUCUGCAUUUCAAUAUAUUUUGUUUUCCUAAUGUCCAAUGUCAGGAGAUGUUUAGGAUGAACAUGUAGUUGUCCAUAUUUUUUUUCUUCCUGAGUGGGUAUGAGUUUAUGGCUAACAAGUGAAAAACCUGCCUUAGGAACCAUUUUCGCAAUCCCACAUUAGCAUGUAUUUACUUAUUUCAGGAUAAUUUGUGCUCUGUACGCCAUGCAUUGCAUGAAAAUUAAGUUUAGAGAAUGCACAAAUUAAUUCCAGAUAGAUUCUUUGCAACCCAUUGCAGGAUCAUAUUUUAAAACUGUUAUCUAUUGUGGUAAUUCUCUUUAUUUGUAAAUGUAUUUGUUUUUUUAAGAAGGAUGCCACAAUUUUCAUGGGAAAAAUGCAACCCCAGUAGCACUGAGAAAUAUAUGCGAGAGAAACAUACGCUAGACAGGUUGCUGCUAACGAGUUGUUAGAUGCCAAUUUCUUCUUUUCUACCUUGGUCUCAAAUUACUCAGAGUUUUGGGGAAAAUUUAGGGAUAUUUUAGUGGUUUUUCAGAGUGAAGUGAAAGGAAAAUGGAAAUGCACUAUCAAUUUAUAAAGGAAAAAUUAAAAAUAGAUUCUGUCAAGUCUUAAAGUACUUCUGUGAGUUGAAGUAGGGCCUUCCAUAGGGGACUGAUGCAAUGCCAGUGAUAACCACAGGUUUGUUAGAAGAUGGUGGCAGAAUUACCCAUAGAGUCUGACUGAGUUAUGCUUUUGUCUAGAGCUGCUAAAAUGAGGUGAACUUGCCCGUGGUAGCCAAGGUGGUUAUGUUAUAGGCAACAGGAGUAGACAGCAGAGAAACUUUGUUUUGCAUUUUACAUACAUCUUACACAGUGAGAAGGAGGGCACAGAAGUGGCCUUAUUUGAGUAUGUUCUGGAAGUGGUGCUUAUAGCAAGGGAAUUUAAAUGACUGUGUGAUAGAAAGUUGAUUUAGAAAGACUUUUGUGCUUACAGUUAACCUAAGACAAGAGUAAGCUUUGGCAGGCCAAAAGAAGUGGGAGGGCGAAGAUAGGACAGUAUUUUCUACCUAUUUCAGGCUUUGAAAAUGAAUCUGGAUUCCCCUUUUGGUUGGUGAAAUCACGAGCAAAGCAUGUCUUCUGGAGAGAAUCAGCUGCAGCUUGUGGUGUUUGUACAAUAAAGAUCUAUACAGUGAAUAAAUAUGCUCCAGCUGCUGAUAACUUUCAUUAUUUGUGUUUAUGUUCUUCUUCUUAUAUCUGAAAGUAUAUUACUAUUUUAAAGUUGCAAGGUCAGGUAUUCAAAAACUAAGAUGCUACGAAUUUUGGGAGGCAAUGUGAUAUUAUAGGUAGGGCUCUACUUUUGAGACCUGGGUUUAGUGUUCUCAUCUCCUUUGUAUCUCUGGCUUAGUACUGCUAAAGGAUGAAUUGUUGCUCAUCCUAAAGCACCUGAUUAAACUGCAUAAAUUAGAAAUCCAGUCAAGAGAGUUGAACGUCUCUUUUGACUGGGCAAGAGCUCAGGGGGCCUCCAGCUUUGGUGCUUUGAUCAAAUACAUAAACAACACGAUGAAUCUGGGCACUGGAGCAUCAGUUUCUCCUCCGUGAAAAUGCUGUUAACUUGUUUCAAAUGCACUUUGAAGCAACAACUUUGGGUAAAGAACAGAGGGAUGUAAAUUGUGGAAUACGUGCAAUGAAAGCUUCCUGCCUUGUUCAGAGGGGCAAAAUGAUUAGGGGAAGAAAUCUGCAUUGCCUGUGGACAGAUUGUAAGGUGCUGACUUAAUUUGCUGGAGAGGUUUAAAAGUGUGUAAUGGACAAGAAGAGAAAGGAUCGUUUCACUGUUGAGGACAACCUUGAAGAAUAGGUUUGCCUCUUACACAGUCCUUAUAUAUGCUGAGAAACUUGGUUUCAUUUUUCACUGAUUGUUAAUCUGUCUCUCUGUGCCCAGGUUGGUUUCAAGCUGGGAACUCACAGUGCAGAUCAUUGAGCAUUAAUAUUCUGAAGUUAUGAUAAAUGGAAGCCUACAAAAUGCUAAAUCACUUAGGAGAUGCAGCAGUAUUCGCUCAGUAUUACUUGAGUCAUCUCAUUGGAGAUUGUUGCAAUAAUGUUUGUGAGGAAGUAGGGUGGUGAUUUCAUGAGUACCGUAAGACAUGGAAUUCUUAGAUUAGCAUUUGGAUGGUAAUAUAAGACAUGAUGUCACGCUGCGGAAAAAAAAAAAGAAAUAAAUUAAAUUAGUUCUAUUCUCCAGUUUAUUAAGUGAGCACUUUUCAUCUUUUGCCCCUCACAAAGUUUAUAUGGUAAUAUACAACUACAUAGUUAUGUGAGGAAUGCACAUCUGUAACUUCCAAAUACUUAAUUGCUUGACUUCUGUAGCUGUAACUGUAAAGUGCUAUUUAUAGACAAAACUGAAUAUGCAGCAUACUUUUCUGUUUGUUAAUUCACUAUAUUUUUGUAAAAUUUGGAUUGAUUCUAUGAAAAAAAAAAAAAAAAAGAUGCUGUAAUGCCAGUGUUAUUUUCUUCCAUGCCACAAAGUAGUAGUGAAGACAGAUAUUCCUACAAGGCACUGUGCCCUGCUGUUGGGUUAGAUAUGGUUUAUUUGGAAAUAGGAAAUGCUUUUGUAGGUACUCAGUGUUAAUUACUCAUGUAAUAUAGCCUCAUGAAAUGGCAGCUUGUGCCUACUGCAUUUAAGUGGAAUUUACUGUUACACAGCCUAAAGCAUAUGUCAUAACAAUAGCAUAUGCUAUAAUACAGCAUAAUUUUUUUUCUUGAGUAUUCAAGAAAGUUGCUUCUGUACAUCUGUGUUACAACUGAUGCCCAAAAUGCUUGCACGGCAUAACUCAGGAGCUACUGAAUUGUAUACCUAAAUUCUUCAGAUUUUCACUUUGUGUGCCAUUUGCAUAUUUAUAACUAAAAAAGAGCAUUUUCAGUGAUUCUGAGGACCACAGCAGAACAUCUUCUGAUUUCUGUUUUUUUUUUGUUCUACCUUUUGAGCAGCUGUAUUUGUGAAUCAGUUUGAUGAUGAAACAGGAGGAAAAGUAAUGUCACAGGCACAGCAAAAUCCUGUACGCACAUCUGUCUGAAUACUUCAUAAUUCAUUAGAUAAGACUUAUACAAUAAUUCUGUAAGUAUAUAAGGCUUCUGAAAAUAAACUUAUGGGGAAAAUAAGUUGAUUGUAUGACUGGAAACUGAAUAUUGAAAUAAAUGAUACAAUUUUGUGCAAAAGUCAAACAUCAUUAUGUGAUUAUAUUAUUUCAGACACUGGGACAGCCAACUUAAAAU